AUGUACUCUCUGUGGCACCCUGAUUUCGUUCUCGAGGCCUGGCAUACCUACUUGACAUACGUUCUUAUCACAUGGUUCUGUGUGCUGUUCUGCAUCUUUGGCAAUCGCUUCCUGCCGCUUCUGCAGAACAUAGGACUUUUCUUGCUCAUCGUUGGUGGUGUUGUUACAAUCAUCGUUCUUGCUGCGACACCAAACGCACACGCCAGUAGUUCUUUUGUCUGGUCUGACUGGCAGAACACUACCGGCUGGAGUGGUGGAGUUGCCUUCUUGACUGGUGUCUUGAAUGGAUCUUUUACCAUCGCCACAGUGGACAGUGUAUCACACAUGGCGGAAGAGCUGCCAAAUCCUCGUCGCGACAUCCCUCGAGCGAUUUUUGCUCAGGUAUCUCUUGGAGCCAUCACCGCAUUCUUGUACGCCGUAGCAUUGUUCUAUGCCGUUAGUGAUCUCGACAAAGUCAUCAACACCUCUGGCUCCUUCCCUGCGGCCGUCAUAUACCGUCAAGCAACUGGAAAUGCUGGCGGAGCUUUCUGUCUACUGCUCAUCAUCUUCCUUAUCAUCAUGAUAUGUGCAAUCUCGACCGUGCUCUCGCUUGGUCGCACCUGGUGGGCACUCGCUCGUGACCAAGCCACUCCUUUCGGAGGUCUCUUUUCCUCGGUCAACGAGCAACUUUCCUGCCCAAUCCCUGCCACUAUUCUUGUUGGUGUCUUGGUAACAGGUCUCGGGGCCAUUAUUCUCGCUUCCGGCACUGCUUUCAAUGACCUUGUCGGCUCCUUUAUCGUCCUCUGCGCAUUUUCUUAUCUUUUGGCCAUCUUCCCCCACCUGAUCAGCGGUCGCAAGCACACUCCCAAGGGCGACUUCUGGAUGGGCAAAUAUGGCUUUGUGGUCAACGCCCUCGGCUGUGUUCUGAUUGUGUUCUUCAACAUCAUGUUUUGUUUCCCCUACGCGAUGCCAGUCUCGGCAGAUUUGAUGAACUACAAUUCGGUGGUCUUGGUGGGGGUCUUGGUCAUUGUUACUUUCUGGUGGCUCAUCUAUGGAUUGAAGCAUUAUCCAACGCCAAAAGUGCUUACUGAAGCGAUGAAGUGA